UACUAUAGAAUCUCAUCUUUAUGGUUCAAUGCCUAUAAAAGGAAAUGCUCUUGGCAUGACAUUCCCAUCACUUAUCAAACAAAUAUAUAUAGCUACCAAUAAUAUAUAGUAACAAGAGCUAUAUUUGAAUCAUCAAAUUGAAGGGCUGAUUGAUCUAUAUAUUAAAAAUAUAUAGCAUCAAUGGGUCAAAUGAUUGUUCAGGUGGUUUUGGUGGCAGUUAUGGUGGUGCUUGUGGGAGUGGCUGGGGCUACUCCUCCUGGGAUAGCCAAGAAUCCAAGCCAUGCAACUUGCAAUAUAAAGAAGUAUAAACAUUGUUACAAUUUGGUGCAUGUUUGCCCCAAAUUUUGCCCUGAUGAAUGCACUGUGGAAUGUGCUUCUUGCAAGCCCAUUUGUGUUGGGGGUUCUAACCCUACUCCACCACCAUCAGAAACACCCUCAACACCUUCUUACUAUCCACCUCCAUCAACACCUUCAACUCCUUCUUCUCCUCCUCCUCCUCAAACUCCUUCGCCUUCAACUCCUUCACCAUCAACACCUUCUUCAACUCCACCAACAACUCCUUCAUCUCCACCUCCAUCAACACCUUCAACUCCUUCUUCUCCUCCUCCUCAAACUCCUUCGCCUUCAACUCCUUCACCAUCAACACCUUCUUCAACUCCACCACCAUCAACACCAUCUCCAACUCCUCCACAAACUCCUUCAACACCAACUCCUUCAUCUCCAACUCCUCCACAAACUCCUUCAACACCAACUCCUUCAUCUCCAACUCCUCCUCAAACUCCUUCACCUUCAACUCCAUCCCCAACUCCAACUCCUCCUUCUGGACCAAAAACAGCAAGAUGCAGGAACAAGAACUACCAUAAGUGCUACAACAUGCAAUUCACUUGUCCUAGCGCCUGCCCUGCUGCAUGUGAGGUUGACUGCAACACUUGUAAACCUGUUUGCAAUUGUGACAGACCAGGAGCAGUUUGCCAAGACCCUCGUUUCAUCGGCGGCGAUGGCACCACAUUCUACUUCCACGGCAAGAAAAACACCAACUUCUGCCUCGUCUCCGAUCCAAACCUCCACAUCAACGCCCACUUCAUCGGCAGAAGAAACCAAAACAUGAAGAGAGACUUCACCUGGGUUCAAUCCAUCGCCAUCCUCUUCAACAACAACCACACACUCUUCAUCGGGGCCCAAAAAACCGCCGCAUGGGACGAUUCCAACGACCGCGUUGACCUCUCCUUCGACGGUCAACCCAUCACACUCCCACAAUCAGAAGGAGCCACGUGGACAUCCCAAACCUCCCCCAGCGUAACCGUUUCUAGGGCUGAAGACUCCGCCAGCAACAGCGUGGUUCUGGAGGUCGAAGGGAAACUGAAGGUGAGCGCAAAGGUUGUUCCUAUAACUGAAGAAGAUUCCAGAAUUCAUAGCUAUGGGGUUACCGAAGAGGAUUGUUUUGCGCACCUUGAUUUAGGGUUCAAGUUCUUGGAUCUGAGCAGCGAAGUGAGUGGGGUGUUGGGACAAACUUAUAAGGAAAACUAUGUGAGCCGUUUGGAUAUUGGAGCUAAGAUGGCCGUGAUGGGUGGUAGCGGAAGUGAAUUCGAGAGUUCUAGCUUGUUCUCCACAGAUUGUUCUGUUUCUCGUUUUGUUGGUGACAGUAAUAAUAUUGGAGAGAAGAGCAGUUUUGAAGGGUUGAGCUGCCAAAGUGGAAUUGAUGGACAAGGAGUUGUUUGCAGGAGAUAGGUUAUUGUUUCUGCAGCUUUAUGUUAAUUUGAUUAUCAGACACCUCUACUUGUUGUUUAAUUUGUUUAUGUUUUUAUCUUAUGAGAAUAAAUUACAUAAUCAUCAAAGAACACUGGACUAAUUUGAUGAUGCUGUAAUGGUUAUUGGAAUAUUAUUAUUUUCGCUAGCUAUAUAUAUUCAUGGUUACUGUAUUAC